AUGGACACAUUGGCCCAACCGCAUAGGGUGGAGACAUCUUCUAUACGAAACAAUGGUUUAUCAGAAAACGCAAGAGCUAACGAAGAAAAACUGGCGAGACCUUCGUUGGGUCCGGCGAAGCACAGCUCGCGCAGUCCAAAGGUCUGCGCGCGUUGUAACGAAGUUAUAAUACGCGGGUCACUCAAAGCUCUUGGGCGGUACUAUCACGAAAACUGUUUUGUGUGUUAUGAUUGUGGCAAAGUAUGCAAACCCAAGUAUUUCCCGUUUGAGGACCCCGAAACAAAACAACUUAUACCACUUUGCCAGCAAGAUUAUUUUAAACGUAACAAUCUGUUGUGUCAUGUUUGUGGACAUGCUCUUAGAGGCGUUUACUACAACGCUUUUGGAAAACUAUAUGAUGAAGAACACUUCUGCUGUAAAAUUUGCAAAGCGAAAUGUGGUGUUAAUACAUGCUUUAAUUACAAGGACGACCUAUAUUGCAAAUUCCACUUCCUCAAGUACUUUUCAAACCGUUGCAAAGGCUGCAACUACCCAAUAUCGGACCAGUAUAUUGAAUUUCCUCGAGGUGACGAGGUUCAUCGUUGGCACCCGGAGUGCUACGGAGUUCACAAAUACUGGCACGUCAACCUGCCUCCAGAGGCAGUUGGUCUGCCCCAAAUAGAAAUUGCAAAUCCUGAAGAUAUCUCUGAGAUGGAGAAAGAAGGAGGCAACCGUGGCGAUUUAGAAAAAUAUGUCAAUUCCUUCAGCAAGUUGGUCUCCAAAACGUGGUCAGUGCUUUAUCGUUUCGAGGAAGAGACCGCGGUUUGUAUAUCAGACAUGUUUCAGUACCUGACCAGUUUUGAUCAAUUGAAGGGUCUCAAUUCUGCGGCUUUGUUUGUUCUAAAAAUCGAGUGUCAAUUUAAAGCUCUGGAUUCUCUAGAAUCUCUUUACACCUACGGCACAAUCGAUGGUUCACACUCUAGUAGUGUUAAAAACGACCGGGACUCAUCAGCAAGCAAACUUCCGAUGGAAUCAAAUAUGGAAUCGCAUAUGAAAUACGCGAAACUGCCACGCAACUUGUCCACCAAAGUUAUGAUCUACCUUCAAUUACUGCGAAAGCUGAGCUCAGCUUCCAAAGAGAAGGACGUGAGUGUAUCGUCUCUUAUGUCUGUCAUAACAGGGGUCGCGCAUUUUUUGAAGCUAUUAGUGCGACAUGGUUUACAGACAGCCCUAGACCGAAAUAAAGCGGCACAUUCAGCUAACGCCUUGAUAAAAUAUUUGCGAGAGAUCGAAAAGAACGAAUUGAUUGAGGGCGAACCCUUCAGGUUUAUAAACGUGGGAAUUGACGCCACAGACUGUUGCCCGGUAUGCGGCAAAUACAUUCAAGAGGAGUGCAUACAGUUCAAAAAUAUUAGAUGGCACAGAUCUUGUUUUCAUUGUUCUUCAUGUCAUAAAAGUAUUGACUCCUUUGGAGUUGCUGAUGCUGCUUUUAACAGUAAAGCGAAUUCUGUGCUGUGUGCCCAAUGCGCUGUAGACGAUCCUGAAUCCUCAACAGGCUUCUCUUCUGUCACAAAACUUUCACAGCUCAUAUUCCUUCUUAAGAUUGCUCUCGUUAGGUCCAAAGCAGUUAUGGAAAUACAACUCAAGAACAGAGAAGCACUCAAGCGCUCAAACAGUAUCAAGGAAUCAAUUUCCAUGCAGCAAACUUACAUCAGAACACUAAAUGAUAUCAAAAGGUUGAAAUCCAGAAGGCAGAGUGUACCUCUCGCUACAACUAAUAAACAAGAAGCACGCCGGUCGCGCAUUCUUGAAACGUCUGAGAUCGACGUUAAAGCAAACAUUCCCGAAGAAAAGUGUCUGGUGAUACAAACUGAUAAAAGCUCGACACAGGAGGCAGAAAAUCAAAACAUGUUCAAUAGUACCAAGACUUUGACACUUGACGACAUUUCCCGCAUUGUUGCAGCAGAGCAAGCAAGAGAACUGAGGCCCAAUGCAUUCACGCACUUCAAGAAACUGAAAGAGAACGACGAGGAGGAAGUGAAGCUAGUCAAUAACAAAAGCGGGAUUUACUAUUCUGAGCUAAAAACCGAGGAUCAGUACCUGAUAAAAUUGAUUUCUCUUUCCUUAAUCGUUUUGCAUGCUCAAGACUUGAUUCAUGACGCAAGUGUAAUUGAAACGCUUAUUCCACAACCACCGCAGAAGCACCAAAAAAAUCCACAUAAUUUCUGGUACAAAAUGAAAACGAUAAUGAGUAAGGAAGGCAAAAAGUCCUCAGCUACUAACAUUUUUGGCUGCCCCUUGGAGCAACUAGCUAUCCAGUGGGGGGUAGACUCUGACCUAGGGAUAGGUCCUACAAAGAUCAAAAUUCCCAUAAUCGUUGACGAGCUCAUAUCUUCGUUGAGACAGCUAGAUAUGUCGGUUGAAGGUGUUUUCAGAAAAAACGGGAACAUUCGGAAACUCAGAGAGAUGUCCAAAUUCAUUGACGACAGCCCUUCAGAAGUACCAGAUUUUUCCAAAGAAAACGCGGUCCAGCUUUCGGCUCUUCUGAAGAAGUUUCUCAGAGAGCUUCCUGAUCCAUUGUUGACGUCACAACUAUAUGAUAUAUGGAUUCGGGUUGCUAAAGUCGAGUCGGAUUUGGAAAGGCACAAGUACUUUAGCCUACUGUACGCAUUGUUGCCUGCCUUCAAUAGAAAUGUCGCGGAGGUUCUGUUUUCUUUUUUGCAUUGGGCUUCAUCCUUUUCACAUAUUGACUCUCAGAUGGGCUCAAAAAUGGAUAUUCAUAACCUGUCUACAGUUAUGACACCUAACAUUCUUUAUCAGCAAGGCACAACUACAAAUCAGCCCACAGUUCAUGGCGGUGCCAUUCACAAUACCUACAACGACGCAUUCGCUCAAAAUGAAGGUGAAAACUACUUUCUUGCCAUCGAAGUUAUUGAUUAUCUUAUAAAUCAUAACGAGGACUUGGCUGUUGUGCCAAAGUACAUGGUUGUACUUCUUGAGAAGGUGAAGGGUGAGCCUUUGGCCGAUUUUGAGACAGUCAAAAAAAUCAUUCAGACCUUGAAGAUGUCGAGUGAUUUGAACUUCGCGGACUACGGCUUAGUUGAGCCUGUCAAAAUGAAGAAGUCGGCAUCUGUCGCAAAGGUCGAAGUGAAAGGUAACGAAUCAGGAUAA